UAAAAAAAUUAACCGAACCUAUUUACACCGUCGUUCCUGCCAGCAUAGAUCAGUGCAUUCCGAGUUGGAUAGUUGAGUUUGUGAAUCGGCGUGCGAUGGCGUUGACGAACUUGGUGCUGACGGUAGCCGGUGUGAGCGACGUCGUUCUUCUUCUGAGGAGUGAUGUGAAGCAAUCUGCAUCCAUAUUCAAGCGCAACGUCAAGCACAUUCGCCGGUGGCUAGAAGAAGAAAGCGCCACUUCUUCCAAGGUCAUGGAGAAGUCCACUGCAAAAGAACUGGAAUCAAAGGUUCCUCCAAAAGACAUUCCUAAGGAGGACAAGCACUAAUGUUUAUGCAGGUGGUGGGGAUGUUUAAUGCAGUGAUUUUGUUGUUUCAUUGUGUUUCUCUCUUACUGUCUUUUAAUAUAUACAUAUUUUAUUUUAUUUUUUAAAAAACUAAAAUGUAUUCUUCAUCAAUGUCUGUAAAUAUAACCCUUGAAAAACCCUUAUAUUCUAUAUAUCUACCAAUAAUAAGAAAGUUGUGGUUGUUCCACAUG